AUGGAUCCUCCCCAGCUGUUGCCGACGGCCAGCCGUUGUUCUGCGCUUGUUCCUCUUCAGUCACCGAGCGUUUGGAAUGCUUGGACGACGGGGAUGUGCGGAAGUCGAGUAAGCAGCUGUUCUUCAGCGGGAUUGCGAGUGCCAAUUAAUGGCCGCCGACGGCUGCCGAUGAUUUGCUCGGCCUUCGGCGCUCCUGCGCCUUGUUUUCGAUCGACCACGUUGCAGCUCCCUCCUCGUCAUCUCUCGUUCUGCACGUUUCGGGCCAAAACUGGUUCGUAUCAGAAGGAAACUUUUGCCUUCAUUACCGGUGCCAUUGGAUCCAAAAGGACCUAA